UGAGAAAAUACUUGCAAUAAUUAUUUUUGUGAAAUAAUAGAGGCCAUCGUGCAAUCAUACAACAAAAGUAAAGAGUUGAUUUGCACAGUGCCAUUCUAAAUUCACUGCUGUUCUGUAUUUUUAAUAAUCCCUUCUUAUUCAUUGUAUACUUGAGAGGUUCAACGGAGUGGCCACUGUAGUAUCUUUAGCUGUUUAAUACUAAACAUUGUAAUGUUUCAGUUGGUGUCUUUAGCGAUCCCUGCUGGCCCACAUGAUUAAUUCAGUGGCAGCUCUUUCAUUUCGGCUGCUGAAAGGAGGGCUGCGUUUUUUUUGUUUUGUUUGUAGAAGCCGAGGAUAGUGCCAAAAAGGAGCAAGAGAAGGACUGUUUUUGCAGGUAACGAUCAGCUACACGAUAACAUCCCCAUUUAAACACGACGACUGUUGGUUACUGACUGUAUUCCUGUUAUGAAAAGGGAUGGCGAGCAUUAAGCUAAUUUCAGCAGCGGACUCUCAGUACUCUGGGACACUCUUGAAGGCUCUCAAUGAGCAGCGCAGCACUGGACUCUUCUGCGAUGUUACCAUUAUCGUACAGGACCGUAAAUUCAGAGCCCACAAAAACAUCCUGUCGUCUUCCAGCACUUACUUCCAUCAGCUUUUUUCAGUUGCUGGCCAGGUGAUUGAGCUUAACUUCAUAAAGGCAGAGAUUUUUGAAGAAAUACUGAAUUACAUUUACAGUUCAAAAAUCAUCCGGGUCCGAUCGGAUAUUCUGGAGGAGCUCAUUAAGUCUGGUCAGACGCUAGGAGUCAAAUUCAUUGCUAACCUGGGUUUGCCCCUCUCCCAGGUCAAAGGAUUACCUGGUUUGUCAAAAGAUUCUGUACCGGACGGUGUGGGUUCCAGUUCAGCAUCCAAAGGCCCAGGCUCGCAAAAUAUCCCAGCCAAAAAUGAUCUAAUUACCCAAGAGGCAGGUGGUGAGGCCAUGCCCAUUAUAACUGAGGCCUUCUCUCUGUCCAGCGAGGAAUUCAAGCAGUCCGAAGGUUUUGUUGACGAUGAUUCAGAUAGCGAUGAUGUCAUCUUCUGCUCUGAAAUUACACCCCCAAAAUCUGGUGUAUCCAGCAGCACAGCGACACAAUGUCAGUCCAACAGCACAGCGACACAAGGUCAGACCAACCCUUCUGAAAUUAUCGACCUAGAAGAAGAGGAGACAGCAGAAAACAGUCCGCCUGAUCCUGUUAGCUCCUCUAGGUUGAUUCAGGGUAAUACUGAGAAAAACUCUAGUGUGGUAACAAUACCCUUUAGUGAACAGGAGGAAGCUAAUCCAGCACCUGGCACAAGCUCUUCACAUAACCAGCCUGACUCCAGUUCCCUCGCCUCCCUCCCGGAGCAUGAAAGUCCUGACACCAGCAUGAAUCUUGCCUCUCCAACCGGCUCUUCAUCUUGGGACAGCUUCUGCAGUCCCCCAUCCACCCCAGUUCCAGUGACUAGUUCCCCAACAGGCAUGUACCCCAGCACUAAAGCAAAGGAAAACCAUGAAGCCAGAGGAGUCCAGAAGAAGCAGGUGAUCGCUCUCUUAGAGAACGCUGCAAGCAAACCUGGGGAAUUCAAAAUCAAGCUCUCAGACAUAGGGUCGGCAAGCCGUUCCAUAAAUGGAGCCGCUGAGUUGAAGGGCUCUGAAAACAUCACGGGUGGGAAGAAGAUCAUAACCUUGGACAAAGGUGCUGAAAUCGACGCUUUGUCAACUGGGUGCAAGGUGUACGCUAAUAUUGGAGAGAACACCUAUGACAUCGUCAUUCCAGUGAAAGACGACCCCGGGGAAGGAGAUUCCCAAUCCGGUGGGGGGAAGAAAUCCAGAAUGGCUACAAGUGACGAGCUGGACACCUCCCCAAGCCGGAAAAAGAUCAGAGUGAAGCACGAUGACCAUUAUGAGCUGAUUAUGGACGGACGGAUCUUUUAUAUCUGUAUUGUUUGCAAGCGGUCGUACGUGUGCCUGACGAGCUUGAGGCGGCACUUCAACACCCACUCCUGGGAGAGGAAGUACCCGUGCCGCUACUGUGACAAGGUGUUCGCUCUCGCCGAGUACAGAACGAAGCACGAGAUCCAUCACACAGGAGAGCGCCGCUACCAGUGCUUGCUUUGUGAAGAGUAUUUCAUCAACUACCAGGUGUUGUCCUCGCACUGCAAGUCCGUUCACAACCAGGAUCCCUCUGGGAAAAAGGAGAAGGACGACAACGAAUCCAAAUUGUACCGUCUGCUCCCUUGCAAAUCCUUGCAGCUCAGGCCGUACUCCUACGUCUCCAACCCCUCGGGUGGAAUACCCAUUAUAAACGAGGACGGACUUGUGUACCAUGUGGAUCCCAGCAAAGCGGGGUCCGGGUUCAGCCCAGGCUCCCAGCCGCUCGCAACGGGCAAGCAGGUAGUGCACUGGGAUGAUAUUUUUGUCCAUCCUGGGUCGGGGCAGCCAGCGACUUACGUACAUCCCUCUGAAGGCACUUCCGAGUUUGAAUUUGUUAUACCAGAGUCCUACUGAAAGCAGUUUGCAGACAGCAAGUUUUUUUUUUUUUUUCUGCUCUUUGUGGUCCAAGACAAACUCCUACUCUAAAACCAUGUCGGGUGUGAAUCUGAGUCAUGUAUGUAGGACAUCUCAACGUAGCACUGGCUUGGUGGCCUGAGGCAGCUAGGUUUUAGUAAGCAACCUUGGGCACUUAAAUCUCUCUUUUUUAAUUGUGGUAGGUGAACUAUAACGUUUAGCUGGUUACUUUUUGUAUGAAAGUAUUCUUUUAAUAAGUUCUGUUACCCAUAGUUGGAUUAGGAAAAAAAUGAAAUAGAAAUCAAGUUACAGAUUAUAUUCCAAGAUAAGCAUUUGCAAAACGAGAUGCUCUUUGAACUGCAAGGCAUCGGUUUCCUAGAAUGUGAAGCAACUGUUUCAAGUUGUUAGAGAUACGUGCAGCAGUUCAGCAUCUUAGGUUUGGGUUUCCGUAUAUACCAUGAUUUUAGAGCGCAGCAUUACCGGAGAGCAGACGAAAUUGCUUUACAUACAAGAAUGCACCUGACAAACAAUCUGGUGUGAAAUGAAAACCAGACCCAGUAUUUAUAGAAUUCUUUCUGAUCCUAGUUCGUGAGUUGUGGUUACCACUGAUGCUUUUACAGUUUUUAGGUAGCAGAUCACCUAAAUUACACUUAGAGACAUUUAUGAAAGAAAAAAUAUUUUUAACAUUCAAACUAGGUAAUUGUAGGGUAUAUUUCAUCAUAGAGUGAAAACGUUAUUCUGUUAAUAUCUUCAGAUUCUCAGCUGUUUAGAAAGGUGUAAUACGGUGUACUUUUGGUGGGUAUUUUGAAUGUUCACCGGAGCGGAAUGGUUAAGACAAGGUGGGUUAGGGUCAGUGAGUCAUCAAACUGGUUUAAAGCCUGUGCUAUUCAUUUUUAAAUUUUUUUUAUUAACUUAAGAAUAAAAACAGACAAUAAAGUAGAAACAGCAAUGUCCAGAAUACAAGUUGUAAAAGAAAAUCAUUAAAUGUAAUGUUUGUUUUUUUCUAUCUUGAACCCAUUACUGCAUACUGUUACUUCUGCAUGUUCAGCAUUUAUGUAAGCCUAUUCCUUCAAUAGAAAAGCAAGGUCAUGAAUGGCUUUGGCUAUUUUCUUGUAUUGAUUUUCAUGUUUAGCAGAAACAUCCAGCUUUCAUGUUUUUUAACUGAUAAAGUCGUGUAAGAAUGUAAGUAGUGCAGGAAUGAUGUCCUAACAGAGGGUCUGUACAAUACAGUUUAUUUACGUCUCACACAGUAAUACAGGUGCUCAUGAAAAGGCAGGUGCUCCCAGUUGCGGUGUUGUGGCAGUGUUGAAAUCCUGGGUGGUUGUGCUGGCUUGUUAGCACCAGCUCCCGAUCAGUCUCCCUCUGCAAUACAAAAACACAUCAGUAGCGAGGGACCGUACUCCCGUAGCUGCGCCCCCUUUGUGCUGCCAAACUCCUCCCUGUGAUCAGCCCGGCGCCACGCUUUAUCCAAUCCCAGCGCACACCACAUCUGAUCACACUAGAGUUGUUUAGCAGUCUUGCAGAGCUCCGCCCUUUCACCAAGAUGGCCAACUUCAGGUUCCAUCCUACGGUCGGCCCGUCCCUAUGAAGGCGUACCACCAACCUUACUUAGCACUCUUCCAGGUCGGGAGGUAGAGUCAUUCUCUCCCGUUCACAGGUUGAUGUCCAUAAUUAACAGCUCGGCAUAUAUAUAUUGAAUAAUAUACACUAUUUGAAUAAUGUUGAAGAGUAGGCAAUGCUUUUUAUAAUGGAAAUUAAUCUUGAAUUGUAGUUUCUGUGUUAGAGAGAGAAGGGGAGUGAUCUGUCUGCUGUCUGAAAAGAGGAUAUUUCUGAAACAUGGUGCUGGAUAUUUGACAUAUUAUCUUCCUUUUUUUUUUCCUUUCACAGCCAGUUGACUCCUUAAGGCCACCAAGCCAAUUAGUGUAGAUCCGCCAAAGUAACACAAUGUUCUGUACAGUAGAGUGUAAGAAAAGAAGAUAAUCAGCUGAAGGGAAUAAAAAAGGGAUAGAUAUUUAAAGUGCUUAAUUGUAUUGAUGUAAAAUUGAAUUCCGUGUAGGAAAAGUGCUGACCUAAACCCUGAUUCCAGAUAUGUCACUAUGUGGCUCAUGCAUAGGAAAUGUAGUUCUGUCUAUCUUUCACUGUGAAAUAUCCCAGUUGCAGAGUUGAGGUUUAGCACAUUGUUCCACUGACUUUUUACUUUAGUGUUUUGAGGAUGAAUUUUAGCAUUCAGUAGGAUUCUUAGCUCACCUGCCCAGUGCUUAUGUAUGGGGGUAAAUGUAACGUAUAGUGAUAGGUGUGUUUUUCCCUGUAACUAACAGCCCUCCGCAUCUGAUGUGUGCAGAAAAGGAGGAUUUGACUUCACCCUUAGGAGAAACAGUGCCAUUCUCUUAAAGAAAUAAUGCAUUUACAGUGCAGCCAAUGGAAAAAGCCCAUUUUAGCAAACAUGUUUGUCACCAUGUUAAAUUCAUUUUCAUUUCUUUUCAUAUUUUGGUAGAAUAUGAACGUUCAGUGGAAUCUGCUUUAUGACGUACAGUAACUUUACUACUGUAUUAGUAAAAAGUGUGUAACUGCGGGUGUGGGGGUCAACAGGGCUGAAAAAAUAUCCCUGUGUCAAUCUGACCCCCUGACCUAACAGGGACCAAACCUGAACUGUAUCUCAACAUUUAACUGUGUCAAAAAUAAUAAAGGAGGAUUGAGAACAAAAAUGUGAUUUAUAGUGGGUAAAAAACACAUGCAUGGCUGGACACUUCGACGUUCCCUGGGCAUGGGUGCAUGGCAAUGUGUGGCACUGCGGUUCAGGGAUGGUUGUUUUGUUAUGGAGGAAGUUAUUGAUUUCAUUUUGUAGAGGACACCGCUGUUUUUAUUCUAACUCCAUCCUGUGGUGACAACAAGCAGACUUCACUUUAUUUUUAUAACAGAUCAUGCUUUCAUAUGAAUACAUUCCCAUUGCACCCCCAGAGGCUGACUGCUGUCUCUGCAUGCACAGAUCCCUUAAGCUAGGGCAGUCUGGAUCUGGGAGAGUGAUAUAUAAGUGCGCUGGGCUAAUCCAGACAAGAUGAGGACGGCAUGCAGCCUCAGGUUGUCUUUAUUGUAAAGGUCUUGUACACCGAAUGUGUUCAUGAUUUCAUGAGUUCAAAACACUUUAUUUGUAGUAUGCCACUGGCACGCUAGUCAUACCUAAAGCAAUUUAGGUAGCAACAAAGUUAUCAAUAGUUUGAUUGUUUUAAAAAGGUAUUUGGGCAAGCAAAGCAGGGCUGCACUGUUAAAUGGUCUUGGUAUGGUUCUGGGUGAAAUGCUUCUUGUAGUUCAGGUGAAAAGUCCCAUACUUCUCAAUAGCAACGAUUAGGUAUUUUGAUUGAAAAGACUCUGGUUUCUGGUCUACUGGAAACGUAUUCUGUAUGCUGGACACAUGUAAUGCAUCUCCAAGACCGUGCUGUAAUUCUGAGUACAGUUUAGCGUGGGGAGACGAUAUAGAUUCAUGGUGUUAGAAAAUCAUGCAGAAUAUGACACGGCAGCCUGAAGGUUGUCAGUGGAUUGAAUGUUCUUGAUAAUAAGGUCAUUAUGUGCAUUCGUGAUUUAUACUGGAUGCUUAAGAACCCUUAUUUAUAGCACUAUUUGCUACAUGUGCCUGUGGCAACAUUGUAACCCUGUGCUGGCCAGUAGAAAGCACUUCAGAUCUAGUUGUUUUUGUGUGUGUGUGUGUGUUUAAACUACAAUAGAGUGCUUGCCUCAUUUUCCAACUGUCAAAAUUAACUGUCAAAGCAGUGCUUCUGCUUUUCAAACAACGUCUGUAAAUAACUGUACUAAAGCCCGUUACUUAACAUAGUAUUUGGAGUUAGAUUCUUGUUUUGUUUCUUGUAUCUUAUUUAUAGUUCUUAGUGCUUUCGAAAAUGGAAAUAAAACUUUAUGAAUAUA